UCACCCAGAAACCUCAACCUCCUUACAACCUCUAGUCUCUUACUGCCUAGAACACCGUGGGCCACUUCUCCUCGUAUCUUCCCUGAUUCUGUUUUUCCCAUCUGAAAUAAGACGCCCCACCCUCAUAAAGACAGAAACGGUCUCUCAAAACCCUACAAAGCAAGCAAAACACAGACUCAUAGCUAUGGUGAGAUAUACUCAGGGAACAGAACCGUACAUAUCUUCAAGCUAUUUUCCACAUGGGUUUGGGAUAAAGGACACCAAGCCUGAGGCGCCAAUAAUCAUCAAAUGAUUGAUGAGUAGAUUAUUGAGAAACCAGCCAGGAGGUUGUUUUGUAUUUAGAAAGCCACCGGGUACAGCCAGAACACUCCAAAAGGUCACACUCAUGCGGAACCAUGGACUGGGGUAUGUCAGAGCAGUGGUUCCUUGACCCAGGCCUCUACUCUCUUCCCUCACUUAAGGCAGCCUUGGCUCACCGACUGGAAUAGUACAUACUCCGCAGAGGCCCGUCACUGUGAAUGUAGCCUGCAGACCUGGAGAAGGCGGGGAAAGUUGGCACCUGUAGGCAUGUGCGAAUUCUGCUAGGCAGAGACCAGCAGGGAAGCGAUGUACCGUAGGUCAAUCAGCCUAGGGCCUUCCUAAUGAAGUGGCUGGUGUGACACGUGGUGGGGAUGGGAUACACUCUGAAUCAUUACUUGGUCAGGACACAAGUCUCUUAGCUGUCGUCAACUCAACUGGAGAAAGAUGAGUACUUCCUGCCAGAGACUACCACAGGUACGUGAACGGGGUCCGCAAGCUUUGUCGCUCCCCGCAAAGGGCAGCAAGGCACCAGCAGGAGGGCACUGUAACGGAUAUCCAGGCGCUCAAACGCUGACAAGUCGACAAUUCGCCAUAACAUGCAACCCCUAAAGGCGGUUCCCCUCCGUUACCUGGAAAUCGAAGUCUUUCCCACUACCUAGGCUCCAAAUUAAUGCAGAACUUAAUUCUGUGAACAAGAGGCUGCCCCUUCGCCUCUCCUCCGGUCCACCGGGUCCAAUGCCUGGGCGACUCUUGCCCGGCUCAUGGGAUUCACAGCAGUGGCCGACUUGUCCCGCAACCACUAGCACGGUGACCCUGGUCUGUGUCCCCGGGUCAGGGCUGCCAGAGGGUCCGAGAGGGUGACGUUACAAAGGGCGUGUCACACUCCGCUGGAGGCAGCAGUAAGUUGGGCAUCGGCUUCUCCGCUGUCGCUCUAGGGCUGAGAAUGGAGGUGGAGGCUGGGGAAGCGGUGAGAGUCAAGGGUGAGCGGCCCUUCGCCUGCAGCUGGCAGGAGUGUAACAAGAAGUUCGCGCGCUCGGACGAGCUGGCGCGGCACUACCGCACGCACACGGGCGAGAAGAAGUUCAGCUGCCCCAUCUGCGAGAAGCGCUUCAUGCGCAGCGACCACCUGACGAAGCACGCGCGGCGCCACGCCAACUUCCACCCCGGCAUGCUGCAGCGGCGCAGCGGGGGCUCGCGGACCGGCUCGCUCAGCGACUACAGCCGCUCCGACGCCAGCAGCCCGACCAUCAGCCCGGCCAGCUCGCCUUGAGCGGCCGGCGCCCGGGACCGGGACCCUGCCCGACCACAGCCAUGAGCAGCCGCUCUUCCUCCUCUGUCCUCCUCCGCCUCGCGUCAGUCCCCGCCCUUCCUUUUGUACUAAAAAAGCAGAGUGAGAACUUGGUGAAAAGUCCAUGAAAAAACACUUUUCUUCACCUCAGGUGUCAAUGUCAGUUUGUAAAAAAAAAAAAAAAAAAAAAAUCAAAAAAACCCCCCACCGUCCACAAAUUGCACAAAUAGUGAUACCCACGAAGUCGAGAUACAGUGGUGUUGAACCCCUUACUCAGGGAUGGACAUGUUCCACGAGGUCAGCGAGGGCACCCCUUCCUGCCGCCUUACUCUGUACAUAGAUUUGCACUCUGGAGUUUUCCACCGGGUUUGGGGACACACCGGGACAGAGCAGGCUGACCAGUGUCCUGUCCUGGGUCGGUCGCUGGCCUCUGGGAGCAGACGUGGUUACUGACGCAGGUGGCAAGGCCUGGUCUCCUUCCCACCUCCAGGCCUCCGUCCUUGCCCCAUGAGCCUGGCUCAGGACACACACAGGCCUGAGGGACAGGCCACCUCUGAGGGAUGCCUUAAGCCACGACUCGACCUGGAGGACUGUGGAGAGAGGCCCCGGCCUCGCCUGACUGGCCUCGCUGUCUCGCUCCCGGCCGCCACAGGUCCUCUCCCCAGGCCUUGGGGAACCGGAAACAGACCAUUGCUCCCUAAGACCUGCGAGAGGCAGAGCCUGGGUGCCACCCACCCAGGCCCCCUUCGUGGUGGUUCCGUACUUUCUGACUGGAAAAUCAGGCCUGGGAAUUGUGGUCUUUGCAAAGAUUUUGGAAGGUGUUGGCGUGUGCACUUCUGGUCUCUCCCACGCGCUGUGGCUGUGGAGGUCCCUCUGUGAAGCCAUGGGCGAGGCCGUUACGCUGUCUCGCCAGUCCGGCAGCACUUCUCAGAGACCGCUCGGGAGGCACAGGCCAGAACUUGUGACUGUCCUUUUUCAGGAGUGGUGCAGCGCUGUGGUGGAAAGUGCGGUGGAGAGUGUGUGUUCUGUUUCCUCCUCAGAGAACUCCGGCCGGAAAGUUGUGGAGAACGCUUUUCUCAGACCCUCAGUGACCCCAGUGUGGACUUAGCAAACCUCCACCUUCUCGCUGUCGCCUGGAUCACUCCUCCCUGUCCCUCCGGCUUCUGCCCACCCCGCCUGGGAGCCCCUCUCCUGGGAGGAGAGGAGAAGCAGAGAGCUGGGGCACAUGGCCUGGAGUCCCGGCCAGGGCUGGGCUGAGGUCAAACCAGGGCAGUGAGGCCGAGCUCCCGUAAGCUCCACGGACCCUGGAGUGUCCGCCCCAGCGCCUCGCGGCCCAGGCACUGCCUUCCAUUCCUCCAGAGAGUCAAGGCCUGCAAACGCAAGGCCACAGAACUGCGUGUGUGUGUGUGUGUGUGUGUGUGUGUGUGUGUGUGUACACGCAUGCGUUAUAGAGAAGGACUGGGUGUCUUGCAGAGACCUCUCACUUAGAUGAGGAGGAACGACCCUUGGGACUCAGAGGGCCAUAGAUGGGCUUCCUGGGUCCAGAGUGCCUUGGUUGUAGCCAUUCCACUUCCACCCCCAUCACUCACACGAUGUGGGGUGCUGCGCAGAAAAACCUGGGGAUCCACACCCAGCCAGGGCUGGUAGCCGUGGCUGCUGGGUGGAGCCAGCUCCAGAAGAUGGGCCAUCUGUCUGCAGCCGCUGCGCAGGUGGCAGUGUGCCAUCUGUGGCACCCUCGGUACCCAUCGUAACUACUGUGUCAGCUGGGAAUGGCUAAUGUAAUGUCGUGAUUGCUGAGUUGCAGAGUGGUGGGUACUGAGUGAGGCUGUGGCAUUAUUCUGCUGUGGGUGGGACGGGUGGGGCGGGGCGAUCCGGCUGGAUGCAGAGCUGGCUGCCCUGGUGCUGUGGGGCACGGUGGCAGCCCAGCUUGCAUUUAGUCUGGGAGAGAGAGUGGAAUAUGUGGUGGGGACCGUGAGUGGAGAGAGCCCUGGGUGCUUGGGGUGUGACAGCUUCAUGCCCAGUUCCAAAGUGAGGUCCCUCCAAAGCUGUUUCUGUGUGAGGCAGGGAAGGCCGCACUCUGAACACAUUUCACGUCUCAGGAAUUUACAUUCCAGGUUCAGGAAUUUUAUUCCAAAGUCCUUUGGUGCACCCACAUCUAUGGUUCUGAAGGCAGCAGAGGGAGCCAGCAGUGCUCGUCGCAGGAGCCAGGCGUCUGCUGUGAUCUGCCCACAGCGUCACAGAAGGAGGUUUUCAGCUCCACGUAGGAAGCGGGGAAAAGGACUCUAAACCCAUUCACCUUGGAAUAAAAGAAAGAGCUGGUUUGUUUUAGAGUGGGGUGGGGGGUGGGGGAGGGCAGGUGGGCGUAGGCUGUUUCCAAAGAAAGCACUUAAUUUAAUUUUUCCUCGAAACGACCCAGGGCUGUUCCGUCUGAUAGAUGGAAGGGUAACGUUGCCUUAAAACAGAAAUAUGCAGGCGCCGGCUGCUUUUGGCAGAUGAGUGUGUCUUCACUCCCAGGGCAGUUCUCCUUAAUGGCAGGGUGCGGUCCUCCAGCCUCGUCUGGCUGGGAAAUGGGGACAGGGCACCUGGAGGGAAUCCCCCGGGAGCCCCGCUGCACCCUCCAGGAUCAUCUGAGGUUUAAAUUCAUCUCAUCACGGGGUGGGGGUGGGGGGACCCAGGAAUCUCAGGCUCAGUUCUAAAGGGUUCUCGCGGCAGGGUUCCAUCUCAUCGUGAAAGGAGGGUUGCCUGCUGAGAUGCAGUGUCUUCCCAGCCUGGGUCUGCCGCAGAGGCUUUCGUUGUUGUGGUUUAUGGCCAGGCUUGCUGGUUUCAGUCUAAUAGGUGGAAGUGGGAUUAAGGAACCCAAGGGGCUCCUGGAAAUCAUAGUGAAAAGUCAAACCUAUGUUUGGGGGCAGACUUUAAUUCUAAUGGGCCGAGGAGGCAGAAAUCUCAAAAUGGAAGGUGCCUAAGUGGAGGGAGAGAGCCACUGCAAAGGUUCAGGAGUGAUUCUGGACCAGCCAUCGAGGGGCUGGUGUCCCAGACCAUAAAACCCCUCUUAGUGUCAGCCAUAUUAGGGGAGCAGUUGUCAACCCCCAAAUGCCUCCUGAGUCCCGCAGCCAUACAGAAACAUAGAGGGUGCUGGGGUCCCCUCCUGACGGGUGCUACGCAGUGAUGGGUAGGGAACGUGGUGCUGGAGGUGCCCGAGCUGCACCCCGCCACACCUCCCAUCCACAAGACUUGAGGUACAAGAUCCCCAUCCCACCCUACAAGUCCCCGUGCGGCCCUGCUCGGGGGCGGGGGCGGGACUUGCCGCGGUGCAGCCUCUCGGUGCGAACAUCUAAACCCUGGUGACCCCAGGCCUCACCGUGCCCUGGACGAUGGCUCAGACCAGUGACAAGUGGCUCGGGGUGGGGACCAGCACGGAGGGCUGAUGGCUGACUGGUCCCAGGGGAGGCGUGGCAGAGCCACCGUCUCCGUGAAGACUUCUGCCUCCCAGCCCGGUGUGUCCGGGAGACCCAGCCUCUUUCUUGCCAGAAGCAGGUGCUAAGAUGGACUGCGCAGGGUAGUCCCACUUCCUGGGACCUCACCCGGGGUCUCUGCGGGGCAGGGAGCCGCCCACUAGGCAGACGGGAUCUGAGCAGCAGCGUGGCCUCGUCCCUCAGCUCCUGCUUGUGGCUUUGUUUACAAGGCAACCUGAUUAUUUUAACUUCCGACAGGUGUCACUGAAUUUUUUUAACCCAUUUUUAAAAGGUCAUCCAGUCAAAGGCACAGUGCUGGAAGGUUUCAAGGUUUGAAGUGUUGGUCACGUCACGGUCAGCAAGAAAUGCUUUGUAGGUUACCUACAUCUUUUGCUGCCCAGUUUUUCCACAUGUGGUGACCCUGUCUUCCAAAGCUAAAAUCCAGAUGUGGGCUGACGGGUUUUGAGAUCUGGAUGGCCCCAGGAAGGUCCAAAUCCUCUGACUAACUUUCCUGAUUCGGAAGAUUUCCAGGGUUCGUCCUGGACACAUUCCAGAGAAUUUUGUACCAGAAUUUGGACGCACAAUCCAGCUUACUACUGAGUAAUGCCUGAGCACCAUUGAGGGAGCGGCCCUCCCUUCUGCUGGCCACCCCGGCCCUCGUCCCUCGGAAGAGUGGAAUCGCGAGCUCCCAGUCACCACGGGAGAGGGAGGCUGCCCUUGGUUUCUGCUGACCCCUGCUGAGCUGCUGGACUUCAGCGCAGCCCCCUGGUCCUGCCCAGCCUCUUCUGUUCUCAUGCAGCUUUAAAACUUUACUACUUUUGUUUAAAACUAAAGAGGACGGGAGAGAAGCAGCCCCCGCGUGUGUUGCCCAUUGGUGGGGCAUGCUCCUGUGCAGCUCCUCAGGGGCUCUGGAGCCCUGGUCCCCUGAUGUCUUCCUCAGGGACCUGUUGAUAAGCUGCCAGCCGUGCGCAUUUGGAAGCCUCGUGCGUGAGCUGAAUGUGUUCAAGAAGGCCACCGCAGGUCAGGUGGUCCAUCCUGAAUAGCCCACGGCCUGUACUUGGAGGAUUCCUCCCCAGGGUUGCCAGACACCCCCCAAAGGAGAAGGUGGCCGCUUUCCGGUGUGGUUUAGAUACUGCGGGGCGUCCUGACCCUGGGGCCUCUUCCUGCCUGCUUCUGGGUAGGAGACUGUUACCCGCCCUCCCCCCGGAGAGACUUGCAGGUCCACAGUGCUAGGGCCUCAUCAGCCCGCAGGGGCAGCAGCAGGCUCUGCUGGGUGAUAGUGCGUUGUCUGGUUCAGGGCUUGCAGCAGCGCUGGGGUUUUGCGUUGUGGUUGUGUUGGUUUCGCCCAGGCAACCCCUCCCCGUCCAGACCCACUGGUGGGGCCUAUCUGGAAUCCUUUGCCAAAAUCCCAAGGCAGAAUCCAAGGGUCCACGACCAUUUCCAUCGAGUUCACGUUUUCCUUCUCUGUAGGAACUUCUUUCUUUUCUUUUUAACCAGCUCCCCACCAUGCUUCCAGAGGCCACGUUCCAUCUUUCCUGGAUCACUACAGUGAAGUAUUACAGUUGUACAGUUCCCAAUCUGGCCUUGGCUUGCUGAGAGAAAACUUUGUAUGUAUUUUGUAAGGCAUAGAUUCUAUAUUGUAAUGAUGUCCUAUGCAAAAAGAAAAAAAAUUAAUGAAAUUGUAAAUUUUAUUGUUUUAACAUGUAUGCAUGUUUAGUGACGUUUACAUUUGGAAAUAAAGUUUAUGAUUCAUUA